CACACCCCAGUCCUCAAAUUGAGCAGGUGGGGAGGCAGGGAUUUAGGGAGAGGGAGCCUUAGGGAAACUGUAGGGAGAGAUUCGUGCUGGGCCUGAACGGAGGAAGGAGUUGGCAGCUCUCCUUGGGCAGAACCCUUUGCAUCCUGUCCUCCCCCCUCCCCCACCUCCUUCUCUGUGAUCAAAACCUCUGUCUCUUGGGCAAUUCAUCCCAGGCAGCCAGGGCUCAUGGUGCUUCUUCUUUCUCCAGGACCUUCGUGCUCAAAAGGUUCUGAAGAACUGAGUCCCUUACCCACUGAGGCUACCUGAGACCAAGUGGGGCCAUGGCGGGGCAUGGCUGUCUGGGGCUGGGGCUGUUCUGCUGGGUCCUGCUUGCUGUUCCUGUGGGCCCCCAGCCUGCUUCCUCCAUCCCAGGUGCCCCUUUCACUACUUUGACCCCACCACCUCAGAGUGAGGCCUCUAUGCUGUCUCUCAACCUGGGACUUAACUUCAAAUUCCACCUUCGGGGACCUGCUGCUGCCUGGGGGAGCCCUGUCACAGAGACCCAGCCACUCUCUCCUGGGUCAAGCCCAGAGUUAGAGGAAGAGGUGGCCAGUGGACUGAGGACUGACCCCCUUUGGGAACUGCUGGUGGGCUCCCUUGGGAGCUCCCCCCCAGAGUGGGGUUCUGCUGAAGGCAGUCCUAUACCCUGGGCCUCCUCCCUGCCUCUAGAAUCCACAUCCCCCCUCUCUGGGCCCUCCAACCGGCCUACUACUCCCUAUCAGCCCAGGAUGGGUACUGUGACCUGGGACACUGCUCUGACGGCUACAGCACCUCCAUCCAGUGCUCCCAGGCCACACCAGACUGAGCUGGAACUGAAGUUUGACAUGGCACUGAGAGCAGGCGCAGCGCCCACCCUCGGGCAUCGAACUCUGCCCCUGCUGCCCAGCCUGCGGGCCAGUCUGGCAGAGAUUGCUGGGCGCCUGGGACCCUUUGGGUUCUUUGGCACCACUCUGUCUCCACUUCGGAACUUCUCAGGUGCGAUCCCCCCAGGCCCAACUACAUCCCCAAGCUCUGCCUCCAGAGUCUCAGAUUCUCCAGGGCUCUUUGGCACCACUCUGUCCCCGCCCCCAUCAUCCCUGGAGAGAAAGCUCCCAAGUCCAGGCUCCCUAGACCCAACUGCUUCCCUAAGCUCUGCCUCAAUUGCAGCAACGUCACUAGACGCCACCAUCCGCACCUCUGGUCCAGAUGAUCCCUCUCCUGCCAGCCUCGGGACCCCUUCUGUGCAACCAGAGUGUGGGCCAGGGUCCUGCAGCGUCGGAGAAUUGCCUGAACAAGAGGGGCAGCCUCCUGCGGCCCCGCUGUCCCUCUUUUUCCUGACCUUGGAGGCCGACUGGGCAGAGGCCAGGGCUCGCUGGGGGUUGGCCUGGGAGGCCCAUGUGUACGGGCGACUGCACCGUGGACUUCCGCCCGCCCUCCCCGAUCAACCUGCGGCGCAGCAUCGAGGAGGCCCUCUGCAGCGAAGCCCUGCUCGCGCCCGGCCUCUUCCAGGGCCCUGCCUUCGGGGAAGCCCUGCCUGGGCUCGGCCUCCGCAGCACCGGCUCGCUGGGGAAAAAGACGGGGGCUGGGCCCAGUGGGAGGUCCGGGGAGGCCCGGGGCGCCCCCGCGCCCCUGGAGCUUUCCUCUCCCCGGGCCUGGCCCGCCGGCAGUAGCGCAUCGUCAGGCUCGCUGUGCGGACUCUCCCGGGACAGCUCGUCCAUGCUGCUCUGCUCCAGCC